UGCAUGUGCGUUUUCACUGUCGUUAUCUCUGCACACUCUCUCUCGAAGCGAUAAACUUGGCAAAGGAGGAGGCUUCCUGGCUGGACUCAGUUCAAGGGCUUGAAAACCGUAAUGGAAAUGGAAGUGAAAGAGGAAAAAAGGAGCGAAACACAACCUCAGAAGAGGAGAAUCUGGAAACGUAUCUGGGGCAUCCUGAGCUAUUUCACGGGAGAUAUGAAGGCAUUCGGAGACUGGAUGAAAGAUAAGCCUCUGCCGUUCCAGUUCAUUGACUGGAUCCUGAGGGGUAUAUCUCAAGUGAUGUUCGUCAACAACCCUCUCAGUGGACUGAUCAUGUUAGCGGGAUUCCUAGUCCAGAGCCCAUGGAUGACUCUCAACGGAUGCUUAGGAGCAAUCGUCUCAACCGUAACAGCUCUUAUUCUAAGACACGAAAGAUCAGCCAUAGCCGCCGGACUACAUGGCUACAACGGGGUCUUGUUGGGAAUGCUCAUGGCCGCCACUUCCGACAAGGGCGAAUGUUAUUGGUGGCUUUUGAUUGUUGUUUUUCUCAUGUCCACAACGUGCCCUCUUUUCACAGGUGCUUUGACCGCCAUCUUUAGCAAGUGGGACCUGCCGGUUUUCACCCUCCCUUUCAACAUGGCCUUGACUGUUUAUCUCGGUGCUACUGGCCACUACAACCUCUUCUUACCAUCGACGCUCAUCCAACCCGCAACCUCGGUGCCCAACAUCACUUGGUCAGAGAUCCAGGUGCAUUUGCUUUUCCGGUCAAUUCCCGUGGGAGUCGGACAAGUGUAUGGCUGUGACAACCCUUGGACUGCAGGCAUGAUUAUGGCGGCUUUGUUUCUCUCCUCCCCGCUCAUCUGCAUUCACGCCGUGAUCGGAUCAACGAUAGGAAUGCUUGCAGCGCUAGGCUCAGCUACUCCGUUCGACAAAAUCUAUUCUGGUUUAGGGAAUUACAACAGCUGCCUUUCAUGCAUUGCAAUAGGAGGCAUGUUCUACGCCCUCACUUGGCAGACGUUCUCGAUGGCACUCUUUUGUGCUUUGUUUACUGUCUUCGUGGGAGGAAUGCUGUCCAAUAUGUUUUCAGUGUUUGGACUGCCGCUGGCAACCUGGGCUUUCUGCUUGACUUCUCUCACCUUCCUACUUCCAAACAGCAACAUCGACGCCAUCUACAAAUUGCCUCUCUCCAAAAUCAGGUAUCCCGAAGUCAACCGGGCCUACUACUUGGCCAGAAAGGAAAAACCACCUACCUCUGCCUGCAACGUGUAAUGGGGUUAAUCCGUGGCAUUUCCCCAUUGCUACGGUCAAAGCAGCGUCUGUUCUUCCCAACAAAGGGUGCCACUGAAUGAAAGCCAAGUGGGUUACCUUUAGUGGCCUUUGUGUCUAUUCUAUAUUGUAAAUACCUUAACUCGGAUCAAGAAGAUUCAGAAUUCAGCAAAUGCUUCAGUCAGAAGCGAACACAAUAGUGCACACAUCGGGAGAGGUGCACGCCGCUUCUGAGAAAAUGAGGAUUUCAUUCCAAGAUAGUCAACUGACAAUCCAAUCCCUCAGUGGCCCUAUGGCAUUUAAAUCUUGGUGAGAUAAAGAAGUUGCUUAUUAUGUGUUUUAUAAGGGGGGAAGAGAAAUGCUGUCAAGUUCAUAAAGGAGUUUCCCUGUCACAGAAAUAUGGAUUAGACAUUAUACUUGGUGAUACUCAUGUAUUCUAAUGAAUACUGUAUGCACUCUCUAUGAACUCUGCUGUAUUUUUUCUAACUGGUUGUAUAACCACACAGGUGUAUUUUCAUUGCUGACAGCUAAUUAAAAAUAGUGGACAGUAUCAGAUAAAUGUUCUCUAAUCAUAGAGAACAUUUUUCCUGUCAUUUUGACUGAGCUGUGUUUUUUUAUCUUGCAGUGGAAUGUAGCAUCACUUUUGGCUAAUUAGAAUGUUAUACAAUUGAAAAUAGGAAUAAUUAAUUAAGUCUUAAACCAAUCAUAGUUUAUCUAUGCUAUCACAUGAAAAUGAUCUUAGAUUUUUGCACAGGACAACAUAUAAAAGGUGUUAAAUAAGAUCGCUGAUCAGAAUUUGGCUGAAAAAACUCUCAUGAAAACCUAGCUGAGAAAUUUACCUUUGUAAUGUGUGCUAUGGGAAACUUAAAUACAUUUCAUAGAAUCAUAGAGUUGGAAGGGGCCAUACAGACCAUCUAGUCCAACCCCUGGCCCAGUGCAAAUAUUCAUCAUUUCAUAGUAAACUUGAUUGAUUUAAGCUUCAAGAUAACUGAGAAAUGUCAGGAAACAUAUUUCUUGUUGCCUUUACUUGUUCCAUCUUUGCAGGUUUUAUAUAAAUAAGCAUUUAUAUUUUUGAUAUCUUGCUUCAUUAA